AUGACCCUGCCUUUGCUGCCCGGCUACAGCUUCAAUCGCAAUAUUGGCAAAGAGAAGUAUCACAGAUCCCAGCACUGGGGCUUCUGCAAUAAUGUUAGGAUGCUAGUGAGCGAAGACAAACCUGGGAUAGGUGGAGAACCGAUGUUUGGUCGAAAGGUGAAGCCUAAAUACAGUAUCUAUCCUAAAGGAGAUGGAACUGAUAAACCAUCAUGGGUAGCUUUUGAUAAACAGGUAUUAUGUUUUGAUGCCUAUAUGGAAGAUGAAGUACCUGAUAAAAGACAAGAAGACUAUAGAAUAAGAGUCUAUAAAAUCUACUUCUAUCCUGAGGAUGACACAAUUGAAGUAAAUGAGCCACAGUUGCGAAAUAGUGGACUGCUUCAAGGGAUUUUUAUUCGACGCCAUCGGAUUUCUCUCCCACCUCCAAAUGAGGAUGAAUUUUAUAAUGUGUAUCAUUUCAAUAUCGAUGAAGAGGUUGUCUUCUAUGGUCGGAAAUUUAAGAUUUUUGAUUGCGAUCCAUUCACAAAAAACUUUCUGAGGAAAAUUGGAGUCAUAGUGAAUCCCUCGAAACCAUGUCCUGAUGAUCCUUAUAUGAAGAUGCGGAAGGAGGUAUUAGAGGCUAUGGAGCCCUUGCGACCCUAUCUGGUGGUCGACAACCUCAAACAAUUCCUUGAGUAUGAUGGGAAGGUUUUGCGUUUCUUCUGCUUGUGGGAUGACUCAACCUCACUGUUUGGAGACCGUAGAGAUCUCGUCUUACAUUAUUUCUUGGCUGAUGAUACCAUUGAAAUCAAAGAAUUGUUGCCUCACAACUCAGGCCGAGAUGCUAUGUCAUUGUUUCUCCGGAGGGGUAAACUACCCAAGUAUGGCCCAGCUGGAAUCUAUCAACCAGGCCAAUUAGUGGAACGAACAAUUCUUAAUGUGUAUGGUGAUUUGAAAGAGCAGCGAUCAGAUGCUUACCUGUUCGAUAAAUACCAUCUAGGAAAACCAGAUCAACACUUCUACAAAGACAGUGACCUGUCCAUAGGAACCACCAUCAAUGUGUGGGGAAGGAAAGUGCUCCUCUGUGACUGUGAUAACUAUACAAAGUGUUACUAUAGAACCAAAUAUGGAAUUGAGAACUUUCCCUCCAUUCCAUGUGAGCCUCCUGCUCCUCCUCCAAAAAUAGAAAGGAAAUUUCCACCUUACAAUGGCUUUGGAUCUGAAGAGGAUUCUCUUCGUUCUUGCAUAGGCCUCAGGCCCACACCUCACCAGAAGAACUUCAAGAAGUUCAUGGAAGAAGACAGCUAUGGCCAAAUAAGCAACAUACUCCGGUAUUUUGCAAAAUUGAUCACACACAAAUGUGUAGAUAUGGACAGGAUGUUUGUUAUUUCCUUCUUUCUCAGUGAUGACACAAUUUCAGUGUUUGAACCUAUAGAGAGGAACUCAGGGAAUGCUGGUGGGUUGUUCUUGAAAAGAAGUCGUGUUAAGAAGCCGGGACAAGAAAUCUUUAAAAGUGAACCAUCAGAAUAUAUCAAGGCCGAGGAGCUGUAUGUUGGAACCACAUUGAAUGUGAAUGGCUACUUUUUUCGUUUGCUCAAUGCUGAUGAUUACACCUUCAACUACAUGGAGCUCAAUAAAGACAAGUAUCCAUUUAGCAACCUUGAAUUAAUCCUAAAAAAGUUGAAGGAAGUAGAACUGAGAGCAAAAGACAUCAAGCAGGUAUUUGCAGCUGCGGACCCUAAGCACACGAAGCUAGUGGAUUAUAAUACAUUCAGAGACAUAUUGAUAGAUAUAACUACUGGGAAGCUUGUAGACCAGGAAAUCAUAACUGUUGCUCGUCACUACCGUUUGGCUUCUGCUGAUGAUACAGAUUUGACUACGUUAAUGUCCCAGGUCCAUGAAAAGUUCAAGAAAAGUAUGUUUGAGAAUUUUGACAGGCUCUUAGCUACCUGUUUGUAUGAAGAUCGAGCAAAAAAACAUGUAUUACCUACCAUAGAUGUCAAAAGGAUAUGUAAGUCUUCCAGGCUCCCUUUGAGUGAUGAACUUCUUGUAGAGUUACUAUCCAGGUUUGAAGAUAGUGAAAAACAAAUAAAUUAUGAAGCGUUUUUCUCUGCCCUGAACUGGAGACUGAAUCCAAUGCCUGAAUAUGUGUCACCAUCGUACCUUAAAGAGAAAUGUGAGGAUAUUUGGCUUGGUAUGCCAUCACCUAUUCCUGCGAAAUACAUUAAAUACUUAGCCAUGUUGGAGGAUGUGUAUGGCUUAGACCAAUGAACCUGACAUUAUUCAUCACAUACCUUUGAUUCGCUGCUCUUAAUAUUUCUAAGUUUAUUUUAGUAGAUGCCAUUUCAUUCAAACAAAAAAAGAAACAAAUUUAUAUUGAAUGAAAAUUUGUAAACCACGCUAAAUCUACUUUUG